CCGUGGUUAUAUAAAUUAUUUUAUUUCGAAAAUAAUAUCGUGUUGUUAUGAAAUUUAUUUGUAUAAAAAUGAUUAUCGAAAGUGACGAAGCUUUUAUUCAGUGAUAAACUAAAUAAGUGAUAAUAUAUAUUUAUAAAUAAAUCAAGCCAACAGGGAAAAUAUAAUUUUGUUAAUAUAAAUUAUUAACAUCUCAUUGACCACAAUUCAUGAUGAAAAAUAUGGCACUCAAUCGUAAUCAUCUACUGUCAAUGAUUAUGAUAAAACGAAAUAAAUAUCUAGGAUGUUUAUGUUUGUGGCUGUGUUUUCUUUUGACAGACAGUUACAAAGACUCAAAUCAACAUGUCAAUGAAGAAGGUUCAAAACUCAUACGUUUUGAUGGUGACAUAAUAUUCGGUGGAAUAUUUCCAAUGCACGAACAGAUACCAGUACUUCGUGGGCAUUCACCUUGUGGUCCAAUUAAAGAAGAAAAAGGUGUACAACGUCUUGAAGCAAUGCUUUUUGCUCUUGACGAAAUAAAUAUUAAUCAAGAACUUUUACCAAAUACAACAAUUGGUGCAUUAAUUCUCGAUUCAUGUAGCAGUGACACUUAUGCUCUUGAUCAAACAAUGGAAUUUGUACGAUCAUACAUGAACCAGGAUAUGACAGAGUACAGAUGUGAAAAUGGAAAACCACCACUUUACGUGCCUCACAAAUCAGUUACUGGUGUUAUUGGCGCAUCUUUCAGUGUCGUUUCCAUAAUGGUUGCUAAUAUUUUACGUCUAUUUAAGAUACCACAGCUGAGUUACGCAUCAACAAGUACAGAAUUAUCAGAGAAAAGUAGAUUUGAAUAUUUCAGUCGUGUUGUACCACCAGAUAAUUUUCAAGCACAAGCUAUGGUUGAAGUUGUUCAUAAACUUGGCUGGAAAUAUGUUUCAACAGUUGCCGUUGAAGGAGAUUAUGGUGAAAAAGGAAUAGCAAGCUUUAUUGGACUUGCAGCAGACUACAAUAUUUGUGUUGCAGUGAGUGAAAAAAUAUUACGAAAUUCUCGACCAGAAGAUUUCGAUCGUAUCAUAGAAAGACUCAAUUCAAAACAUAAUGCACGUGGUGUCAUUCUGUUUGUUGAUGAAGAUAAUGUAAGAAAACUCUUGCAAGCGACAAUCAGAGCAAAUCGUACUGGCCAUUUUAUGUGGGUUGGUAGUGACGCUUGGGGAGGCAAAGUUCAUCCCGUUCGAGAUCAAGAGUUUGCUGCUGAAAGUGCAAUCACUAUUUUGCCAUUUCGCAAUUCUCUUGAGGAUUUUGACAACUACAUAAGAAAUUUACGACCAAGAAUGGGCAAUGAAUGCAACGGCCAGAGUGAAAAAAAUGUACCACAUCCAAUAAAAAUUGGUAAAAUGGUUAAUUGUCGUAACGUAUGGUUUCGUGAAUUUUGGUCACAAUAUCAUAAAUGUACAUUUGCAAAUUUAAACUCAUCAACAAUUAGAGAACGACAAUGUACUGGUGAUGAAGAGCUAACUGAAUAUGAUCAAGAAGGACUUGUUCCUUUCGUUGUUGAUGCAGUUUAUGCAAUGGCUCAUGCAGUACAUAAUUUUAUUGAUGAUGAGUGUGUUGGUGAACUUGGUACAAUGCAUUAUCUCUGUGACACUUUGAAACCAGCACCACCAGGUCAACGUCUCUUGCAGUAUAUUCGAAAUGUCACAUUUACUGGUCGUCAAGGAACGGAAAUAAGAUUCAAUGCUGAUGGUGACGCCUUCGGAUACUAUAACAUUUAUCAAUAUCAGAGAAGUGAAGAGGGUCGUUUUGAUUACACCCUCAUUGGAAGCUGGGAAAACAGACUUACUUUUGAUAUGAACAUGACAAGAUGGGCAAAUGGUCCUGGUGAAUUUCACAUACCACGUAGUACUUGUAGUGCUGAUUGUCCAAUUGGUCACGUUCGUAAUUUUCAGGAUGCAUGCUGUUGGAGCUGUAUGAGAUGUCCAGAGAAUGCUUAUGUUUUUAACGAUUCAUGUAAAAGCUGUCGGCCUGGAUGGGCACCGAAUUUAUCAAAAUCAAGAUGUAUCAAAGUACCAGCUGAAGUUAUACCAUGGGAAAGUCCAUGGGCAAUUGUACCACUUGUAUUUUCAAGUGGUGGUAUUCUUUGUACAAUAUUUACAAUUAUUGUCUUUGUAAGAUUUAAUCGUACACCAGUUAUAAUGGCAUCUGGCCGUGAAUUAUGUUACGUAUUAUUAGCUGGAAUAUUAUCAUGUUAUGGAAUGACAUUUAUAAUACUAAGUGAACCAUCAAUUUUAAACUGUACAAUUUUAAGAAUUGGUCUUGGUCUUUGUUUGAGUAUUUGUUAUAGUGCAAUAUUAACUAAAACAAAUCGUAUUGCAAGAAUAUUUGAUCAAGGAAAAAGAUGUGUAAAAAGACCAUCAUAUACAUCACCAAAAAGUCAAGUUGCAAUAUCACUUGGAAUAACAGCUUUACAAUUAAUUGGUGCAAUUGUAUGGCUCAUAAUUGAACCACCAAGUACAAAAGAAAUUCAUCCAAGUACAUUAACAGCUGUUCUAACAUGUCGUGUAUCAACAUUUUCAUUGAUGAUGUCACUUGUUUAUAAUAUGGUAUUAAUAUUAAUGUGUACAUUAUAUGCAUUUAAAACACGUAAAAUGCCUGAAAAUUUUAAUGAAGCAAAAUACAUUGGUUUUACAAUGUAUUCAACUUGCAUUGUUUGGCUAGCAUUUGUACCAAUAUAUUUUAGUACAUAUAAUGAUUAUACAAUACAAAUAGCAAGUAUGUGUAUGUGUAUUAAUAUAUCAGCAACAGUUGCACUUGGUUGUUUAUUUACACCAAAAGUAUAUAUUGUUCUAUUUCAACCAGAUAAAAAUAUACGUCCUGGUCAUCAAAAUACAAAUAUCAGUGGAGGUAUUGGUGUGUUAUCUGGUAUUGGACAAAAUACUGGUAUUGCACAAAUAAGUCAUAGAAGAAAUUAUUCAAUGAGAUUUACUGGUACACGUAGUCAAACAAUGCAAAGUGUUACAUCAUGUUCAAGAAGUAGUCCAACACGACAAAGUCAAAAUGAUAAUAAAUUUAUAAAUGGUGAUACACCAUUAAGUCCAUCAUGUGAUGAAACAUCAUUUAGCUAGGUUUUUUGUAAACACCAAUCCUUUGAUAAUAUUAAUAAAUUAAAUGGGGAUAUGGUGAUGUCAAAUACAAGUGAUUUUCUAAUUGAUAAUACAAUUAUUAAUUAUGAUAAUCAUCAAAUUGUUGAUCAUUGUUAUACUGUACCAAUUACUAUACAUGAUAUACAACAGAAAAAUAAUAUUUGUAAAAAUAAUGAAUCUGUUUUUAUUGAUUCUGGAACACAAACCGUCCAGUCAGCUGAAAUUGAUGAUGUUAUUCCUACAAUUUCAACAAGAAUUAAUACUUUAAAUGAAGAUUAUUUUAAUGGAUAUGCUAUGUCAAGUCCAUCACCAACAUUUUCCGAUAUGUCAUCAUAAAAAUUAAGUAAAUUAUUGUAAAU